AUGGACGAACCACUCCCAGACGAAACCAUGUCGAGCCUGGUUACCGAGUUCAAGUCUGCCAGCCCUACGCACACAGACCUGAACAAGGAGGUCGUCUUCCCACGAAUGUACUUCUUCUCUUUUCUCGAAGAGUGCCAGUUGCAGAUCAAACCUGACGACGAUGGUAUCAACACCAAGGUCCGAGCUAUCUUCACGUCAACGCAGGUGCAUGCCAACUACACGACUUGCACCCCAGAUACUGCUUCAACUGUGCGUUGUAUCUUGUAUGAUGCUGACAUUCCGGGGUGUGAAGAUGAUGAGGAGGAGGAACCGAGUGCAAACAAGGAGCUUUCGGACUGGUUAGUGGCAGCACGCGAGCAUCUACGAACGGUCCAGUCUUCAUCACGCGCUCACGCCGAUGAGACGACCGAGGAACCAGGACUCAUUCUAGCGAAAUCCAUCGACGAUGUAAUGACACAACUCGACAGCGCGAUCGACGUCAGCAAAUGCACGCAAUUCUUGCUCUGUCCGGGCCAUGCACACUGGGAAUAG